ACUGUCAAUUUUCUGCAAAAAAUGGAAUAAGUGAUUUGAAGUGUGUGGUGAUUUUAAAAUACAAUUUAUAUAAUUGUAAAAUUUUCUCAUGUUUGAGCUUGAAGCCAGUUUUAAACUACUUGAAAGAAAUGUCGAUUCAGCUCGUCGAUUCGAGUGGUAAAGAUGAUCUUAAAACACAGUUUGUGACUCGCGAGGGCGAGUAUAGAUUGAUGACGCUGUCGGAAUACUCUCGACCGAACCGAGUUGGAUAUCAAAAUAAUCAAAGCAACCCACAAGUGAGGGUAUCGCUGGUGACCCUCCCUACGCAGUCUGGUGCGAGCAACACUAAUCAAGAAAUCAACAGUUCACAGCCUCCCGCGGCAGGUCUAGUCUGUUCCGUCUCUGGUGCUCUCCCUGCAUCAUCGGGAGCCACUAACAUCAAUUGUUUGGAACAAACCCAUCAGAGUUGCAGUGGCUCAUCAAAUUCUACGCCUAUAGGAGGAGAUCGGAUAUGCUUCAACUAUGGAAAGGAACUUUAUGUUUACGCGUACAGAGGUGUUAAAAAGGCGUCCGAUUUAAGCAAACCAAUUGAUAAAAAGUUGUAUAAAGGUACUAAUCCGAGCUGCCACGAUUUCAAUGCAACAUCGGCCACAUACGAAGGAGCUCCAUUGCUUGUGGGGUUCAGCACAGGUCAAAUACAGUUGGUAUACCCUGGCAGGCGAGAGCAGGGAAAACUAUACAACGAAGAGAGAAUAAUCGACAAAUCUAAAGUUACUUGCCUAAAAUGGAUUCCGGGUUCCGAAAAUCAAUUUCUGGCAUCCCAUGCCAGCGGAUGUCUUUAUAUGUAUAAUGAAGAACUGCCAUGUACACAAACUACUCCUAGCUAUCAACCUUAUAAGUAUGGCGACGGCUACAUUAUAUUGACGUGUAAAUCGAAAUCAACCCGUAAUCCAUUGUUUAAAUGGUGUUUCGGUCAACAAGAGAACUCUAGCAUCAAUGAGUUUUGCUUUUCACCCUGCGGUCAAAACCUGGCAAUAGUUUCACAAGAUGGAUUCUUGAGGGUCUUCCACUAUAGCACCAUGGCGUUAAUUGGAAUAGCAAGAUCAUAUUUCGGCGGAUUUCUUUGCGUCUGUUGGAGUCCGGAUGGCAAGUACGUUGUGGUCGGUGGCGAAGACGAUCUAGUUACUGUAUUCUCAUUACAAGAGCAACGGGUGGUCGCAAGGGGCCAGGGACACCGUUCAUGGGUUUCGGUGGUUGCAUUCGAUCCAUUUACAACAUCGUAUUCAAACUGGGAGAACGCGGACUUUUCCGAUGAUGAUAACCCUAUCAAUGACGGUUAUAAUCAUAACUACGGUCAUGGAAGUGAUGUCACGGCUACGUCGAUAAGGCGAUCACAACCCACCUUUAGGAAUAGCAUUUCUAAUUCUGAUAAACUUGCUACUUGUUAUCGUCUUGGUUCGGUCAGCCAAGACACACAAUUAUGUCUAUGGGAUAUAACAGAGGAUGUCUUACGACAGUCGAUAGGCCGUGUCAGUAGGAAUUUAAGCUCAACUGAUCCUGUAUCAUGUAAUGUCAAAAACGAGUUUCCUAAAAGCUCAAACAAUAGUCAAGCCGGGCAGCAUUCUGAAGCAAAUAAGGAUUCAACUAGAUCAACAGAUUUUUCAGUCACUGAUGAUAACGAUACUGUAGAUAACGCUAAUUUUAAUAUGAAGUCUAUAACACUAAAUAGUAAUAAUUUAUGUAAUACUUUAAAUUGUGAUGAUGGUAGCAGCAAUGGAAAAGGUUCCACAAAUAGCAUCAGCGAUGGAAAACAUUCAAAAAACCACACAUUUAAAGCAAGCACUUUGAGUUCUUCAAACAAUGCUGGUAUCAAAAAAGAGAAAAACAACACAAGCGAGAAAUUUGUCAAGAAUGAUAUCGUUCAUCACCACUCGACGAUUAACUCAAUAACACAACGUUUUUCAAAUUUCGGUUUUGGAAACAGUAGCAUUAAUAGCAGUAGUAAUAGUGAAAAAAAUGAAAAAAGUGAAAGGUCAGGAAAAAACAAUAGUAGACGAAAUAUCAUAUCGCUUACGGUCAAAUCAAAUAAUAGCAAUAAUGUUCAUAGUAGUUCGAACAAUAACAAUUUGCAAAAUGCUAAUGCCACUACCAACAACAGCAGUCAUCUCAACAACAACAUCGAUCAUACGAUUUCCACUUCUUCGAGCAGCGGUAGCGGUGGAGGUGGCCUGUCCAAUACAAUUACAUCAAUCAUGACUUCAUCUCUGACUAAAAACAAACGCGGGGCAGAUUGUACCGGUACCAGUGGAAGUGGAAGUAGCAUUAUUUCCUCAUAUGAUCCGGUUAAACUAAUCGGUACCCCGGCAUGUCCAAGAUUCGACGACUGUCCAGUAUUAGAGCCAUUGGUGUGCAAGAAAAUAGCCCACGAGAGGUUAACGGCAUUAAUCUUCCGGGAAGAUUGUUUCCUCACUGCAUGUCAGGAUGGCUUUGUUUAUACGUGGGCUAGACCUGGUUAUAUUAAUCCUCCUCAGCAUUUACCUCCAAGCCCUACAGCGCCCCCAGGCGGAACAGUCGUGUAAAAGGUAACAGUGGUAAUUGCAAUUUCUACAACAUUCACACAUCUUAUGCCUUCAAUGUUUGUUAGAAAUAUUUUAAUUGUGUUAUUAAAGUAGGAUAUGUUUUAAUAAGUUUGUAAAAAUUAUGGACGAAGCGUCCAUAUUUAAAUAAUUUCAUGUUUAAAUCAGCUGUAAUUUAUCAAAAAUUAACAAACAAAAUGUCGAAUCAAAACUUUGUUACUCGUGGAAAAAAUACAAUACAGCUAAUAGUUGUGUAAUAUAAUAUAGAAGCGUGCGGCCAUUAUUUUUACUCUACAUAUCUACCCUGUUACUCUGCUGUCCACAACAAAUACAAAGUCCUCAUUUUGCGAUUAUGCAAAUUACGCGUGGAACCAUAACCUGCUUCGUGAUGCUCAAUCUUUCACGGAAAAUAAUAAAAAGGUAAAAUUCACCGAGUUAACAAAGGUGAAAGCUCGUGAAAGCCAAAAAGGUAACUUCUACCUCUUCGAGGUGAAACUCACCUCACAGUGAGGUAAAAUUUACCUGAAUCGAGGUUUAUAACACGGAGAAGCUCAGUGGGUGGGAAAUUUUGAAGGUAAACAUAGGUGGGAACUCAGGGUCGGUGUGUUGCAACGUGACACUUUCCUUCGGCGGAACUCGCACUAGAGGAAUCCAACUGGAAUCAGACAACCAGGGGCGUACACGGGUGAUUACCUCUCAUGCUAGCACCCAGGUCCAGUAAUUAUGCUACUCAAAACGCGGACAUAAACAGAACAUGUAAUUUCGAAUGGAAAUUCGCUCGAGUGAAAUAUGGAAACGGAAAUGGAACAACGAAAUCAAAUUAAUCAAAAAGGUGCAGAUUAACUAAAUAUUCCCAAUAAAGUACUGCCUUUAGCUUAGAUUUUACAUAAUGGGGUAAGGUUUAUUUUAACAUAAUUUCCCUGUUGUGACGUCACAUUUAGGCAUACUUGCGGUUAGUUUUGGUUUUUCACGGAACUUAGCUGGAACGGCGACAGGUGGCUGGCUCGGUGAACAGCAACGGUUAACCACAUGCAUGUGAUGGUUUUCAA